GAAAGCGAGUGCAUUGUAGUGCUCGGACAUCAACAGUCUCGACGCGUCUUUUCGCUUUAUAACAAGUCUUACCGCAGUCGUAUCGAAACGGCUGGCAAAAUGCAGUAUAAUCGACAUCGUGUCCGCAUGAAAGGGUUUUGCUGGUGAUCCCCCCCCCUCGCUCUUGAUAGAUGACUUCUCGAAACGGGGGCAAAAACCGGACACUUGCACUUUUUAUUCAUCACUCUGCUCCAGAAAUCAAAUAGUAACCGGAUGCAGCCCGUGACUCGCCGCUGAGAUCAGUCGCGGUUCGGAUGAACGUUUACUGAGCGCUGUACCGGCUCACCUCGGAAGGAAAGAGGGGAAGUGACACUUGAACCUCAUGCCUCCACAAAGCCAUUCAUGAGGCACGGCUUCCUCCGCACCAACAGACCAGCAUGGAGAAAGGAGUCCGGACACGACUAGAAACAGGAGCGGCAGACGAGAAAGACGCUCUCGCUCAAGGGAUGACCCCAUCGGCGGGGACUGCCGACUUGGGACAUGAAUGUUGCAAACGCAACGGUCUGAUCAAUACCCACAACCUGAUGGUGGAGACUAAGGAAGGACUGGUGUCUGUCUAUUCUGCUCCACAGUACCAGGGCCAUGUGGUGUCCAAGGACAUAAAUGGGACACCGGAUGGUCGAGGACCCCCACAGUUGCUCAACCCCAGCGCCCUGCCCCAGGCUAUAGACCCUUACUACAGACCCAACCUGCUUCUGUACCCCGAGAGCGUGCUGAGAGCUUGGGGAGAGGGGGGGGACUGCUGCGAGACCACCUUCAUUGAGGAGAUGACCCCCGGCCCGUCCGGCUCAGCUGUCGCUAAAGACGGGAUUCUGUUCACCGACGGCAAGCUGCUGGAUCUCUCCAUGGAAGACGCCAAGAUCCAGACGCUCUCCUACGAUGUGGAUGACGAUGACGAUGAGUUUCAAGAACUCGAGAGCGAGUACUCCAGUGACUCAGAGAGUGAAGACAAUUUCCUUCUGAUGCCUCCGAGGGACCACCUGGGCCUCAGUGUUUUCUCCAUGCUCUGCUGUUUCUGGCCCCUGGGCAUCGCAGCUUUCUACCUGUCUCACGAGACCAACAAAGCGGUGACUAAAGGAGACUUUCACCACGCCAGCUCCAGCUCCAGACGGGCGCUGUUCCUCGCCGUGCUGUCCAUCACCAUCGGGACGGGCAUCUAUGUGGGUGUUGCUGUGGCACUUAUCGCAUACCUCUCCAAAAACAAUCACUUGUAGCCUUCCCGUGCCCUAACCACUCUCACAGUCGGAUAAAGACUGGUUCACUUUGGGAUCAGCUCCUUUGGGAAACACCCAAUGGUCACUCAAUGGGACUCACCAGCAAUGUGUUCCACUCCUGCACUUUUAAAAGUCGCGUUCCCAUUUCGUUGGGAGGAUCAUCGUUUGUGUAAAUUGUCUUGGUCACUUUUCUGCAUUUUCAUGUGAACGUGCCGCCACCACCACUAUUGUUUUAUUUAUUUUUUUGUGCUCAGUGUUUGUGCAAGUGCAAAUCUAAUGCUACACACACACACACACACACACACACGUUUUGGGCCAAAUUAAAGUCAAUAUGAAAUCAAAAUGGACCUGAUUUAUUUCCUUAAUGCAUGUUCUUAAUUAUAUUGAAUUAUUUAUUUGCUCUCCACUGCACAACUGUCCAUUUUUGUCAUCGGAUGGCCAAUCCAGUCAGUUCCCACUGGAUGAAAUCAGGGGCCGGUUGCACCAGCUGUGCGCAAGUUACCGCUUAGCGUAAUUUUGAAGCAAAGGUCCAAUGAGUUACAACUCAUGGUGAUUUAAUUAUUCGCACAAGUACAUUACAUAGAGUUAGUUCAACCAGGCAUAUAGAAGCGAGUUUGUGCUGAGCAAAUGACGCAAAUUAGGCGGCGUGAUUGCCACGAAAGCGCAAUAUUCACCUUAAUCCCAUCUUCUGUGCAAGUUGAAAAAAUUCAACUCACAAAAAACAUCCUGUAAGUACACUAGAAUGAGUAACUUCGCAAAGUAUUUACUUUGCAUUUGGUGUGCAUGCACCAUCAGGCAGCGGUAAAUAUUUUAGCAUUGCACCUACUAAACAUUUACUAAACAAACCUGAAAUAACUGUUGGAAUAAAACAGCAAACUGAUUGAAUUAGCUCACGAUUUACCUGACAAACUGCAAUUCUUUAUACAUACCGAUUUUAAAUGAAUCGCCCAUUAAGACGAGGACUUAAUGGAGGUUUUGGUGUCGUAUUUCUUUCAACCAGCGCAAAAACACAUUCAAAUAAUCCCCCAGUUAAUCAUUUAUUCAAACGAUUCACGCAAAACGGCUAAUUCAUUUAGAAUCAAAGCAAGUGACUGUCUUUAUGAAUGGAUCAUUGAAUCAUUCACUCGAAUGAUUCAUCCAGGAGCGUCUUCUCCGAGAUAUAAAAUGUUCCACAAAAUUAUUUUCAUUGACGAAACAGAAAAAAGACAAUUGUGUCUAAUAUAAUACUUGAGCGUAUAAUAAUAAUCAUUUAAUAUAAACUUGAACGACUGUAUAAAAUCAAUUGAUUCUUAUAAAAGAUGUGUUUUUGUUUGUUUUUUGCUGAGUAAGUGACACUGAUAAUGUCAGCUCACACACACAAUAAAUACUGUACACUCCUAAUAUGAUGACAUUUACUUUGACAUAUACAUUUUUAGAGAACAUAAUGCGGAAAAAGAUGUUUAUGAACUCAGCGCUUAAAACUAACUAGCUACACUCUGCCUUAUGAACAAAUGGUGCAACGCAAAUCAAGCCCAGAGUUAGCUAGCUAGUAGUUACUAAAAAUCUAGUGUGGACUUCUCAAACAGCUGGUGUAACCCUACCCAGGUCCCUACAAUUCUUAUUUUACUUGGAAACAUACUUUUAAGUCAAUUAAAAGGUGUUAUGAACAAAACUUCAUGUUGACUUUAAUAUCGGUUCGUCAUAAUAAAUACAGAUCGAACUUGUCUAAAGAUCUGAAUGGGAUCUGGAUCCGAAACUGAAGAAUCAGAGAUUUUUCUUGAAUGUUUUUUGGAGUACAUUAAGCAUCUGUCUGAAGUGCCACAGUGCUUUCAAGCCUUUUUAAUAAGAGCUACUGAAUCUUAAGGUCUGUGACACAUGAAGGGGCAUUUUCAACUCUCUUUUGAUAUUACGGACACAAAAAUGAACAUAAAGCCAUAUAGAUGGGUUGCUCAAGCCUGCGCGUGGUCUUUUUUCAGAAUGUAUGGAUAAAUAUCAUUCUCGUGGGGCUGUAACAUUUAAUAUUAACUACUCUGUAAUUAAGUCUUAAGGCUUUCAGUUUAUACAUGUCAGUCUGUGCAGCUGUAAAUGCCUCCGCUGUCAGAUUUUCUCCUAAUACUUUGGGAAACACCUCUUGCCAGCAAGCUCAUGCUAAUUAAAUGUGGUCUUUUCAUUCAGAUACGGUGUUGCGUGUUUAUCUCAUUUGGCCAAUUUGCUUUCAUAUCUUUUUAUGUGAACUUUGAUGAACUGUUGAUGAGUUAUGUUAAUGUACGUUAAAGAAAUAGCUCACCCUAAAACUAUUCUGUGAUUUUUAAGAAUAAAUUAAUUCAAAACGUC